AUGUUAUUUUGGAUCACUUUAAUCAUUUAUAUUCCAAUGGUACACGCUCGCUCAGCCGAUCUUCCCCAGCGGAAAUUUCCUACAGCUAUUAUAGUCGGUGUGAAGAAAGCCGGUACUAGAGCCCUACUGGAAUUCCUACGGCUCAAUCCACUGAUUCAAGCACCUGGUCCUGAAGUGCACUUUUUCGACAAAAACUAUCACAAAGGACUUGAAUGGUACAGAGGAAAAAUGCCGUUAACAUUGCCAGAGCAGCUCACGAUCGAGAAGAGUCCAGCCUAUUUCCACAGCAAAAACGCCGCUGACCGAAUACGAGCUCUUAAUCCAGCAAUGAAAAUUAUCAUAGUAGUGCGGGAUCCUGUGAUGAGGGCAAUCUCAGAUUAUACACAAGCUUCCACAAAGCGUAAAACACUUGGAAUGAUGCCAACGUUUGAAGAGAUGGCCGUUGGCGAUUGUGCACCAUGGCUUCGGACAAAUUGCUCCUCAAAAGUCGGUGGCGUCAACGUUGGAUGGGGUGCAAUACGGAUCGGAGUCUAUCAUAAACACAUGAGAAGAUGGUUGGACAACUUUCCUAUGGACCAAAUCCACAUUGUGGAUGGAGAGCGACUAGUCACCCAACCGGCUCUGGAAGUCAACCGAACAGAGCGCUUCCUUGGUCUAAAGCCAGUUGUGACAGCAGAAGAUUUUGGUGUGGACCCUAUCAAGAAGUUCCCAUGCAUUCGACAUCCGGACACUUCAUUACACUGCUUGGGAAAGACCAAAGGCAGAAAACAUCCCUUCGUGCAAACAGAUGUGCUUCGUCGGCUCAAAAGAUUUUACAAACCAGAAAAUCAGAAGUUCUUCCGGAUGGUCAAUCGCUCAUUCUUGUGGUAG